AUGAAUAAGCCCAUCUAUCGUGAGUAUUCAAACUUAAAAGGGGAUGAUGGAGAUCCUAACAAUACCAAGUUGAUCCAAAUCAAUGAUCAAAACAAUCAUGAUCAAAUUGAAAACUCUAUUAAACAAACAAUAAAUCAAUACAACAAAUACUAGGAACCAAUUGUUUUCUCACCUUCUAAUUGUAAUAGUGAAAGAAAAGAGUUUAAAAUGGAUACUUAAUAAGAUACCAAAGCUCCUAAACUUAUAAUAUAGAAUGCAAUAGACUCUGAAAAACUCAUUGAAAUAACUACUACUGAUCAUUUUGACAAGGAAGAACCUGUAAAGACAUUGAAGGGCAUGUUGGGUUUAGAGACUGUUUAAUAUUAAAAAAGAAGGAUUAAAUUCAGAAAUCAUACUUAUGAAUUUAAGGUGAGAUAAAAGAAGAUAUUAAAUUGGAAAUCAAGCACAAUGAAAAAAUGGAAAAUCAAUCUUAAUAUCAUUUUAUUUGUUGUAAGAAUAUAGAAAACAGUAAAUUAAAAAUAUCAUGGUAAACAUUAAGCAAAAACUCUAAGCCAAGAAAAUGAUAAUUUAAAACUUCAUUAAUCUGAGAAUUAAGUUAAAAAGAUAGGCAUUUCUGUAUUAAAAUUAAUAUUUGGAUUAUUCAUAGCUAUCUUAAUCAGUUUUAUGUUGUUGCCCUUUAUUUUAAUUUCAGAUUUAUUUUUAAGGAUUUAUACUUACAAUAGUUUAUAUGUAAAAUAUGCAUGGUCAUAUGAGAAUAAGUGUUACAGGAUAAUUCUAUUAAUGCAAUUGUAUAUGUAUGCUAUAGCCAUUUUAAUAGCAGUAAUAACAAAUAUCUAUCAGAGUUUGAUAACAACUGUUGAAUUAAUAUACAAUAUUGUCGGUACAAUCUAAAAUAAUAUAUCCAAUCUCAGUAGAUUAUUAUUUUCUACCAUUAAUACAACAUUCUCUAAAUAAAAAUGA